AUUGAUUCGAACAUGUCCUGGUCAAUUAAGAUUGCAUCCUGUGCGCGGGCAGCUCCGCUGCGGGCGCUGACCCGGCCGAAUGGUCUCCUACAUCGCCCGGCAGCCCAUGCGGGGUGCCUCUCCGCUUGGUCAGAGCCCACCAUGACUCAGACUACCGUCUCCUAUACCGCCAAGCGCACCCUUUCGGCCUUCCAGACCUCCAAGUGUCUGAGUGUCGACAACAUCAACCCCUCUGUCCGGGAAGCCAAGUACGCCGUGCGGGGUGAACUCGCUGUCAAGGCUGAGGAUUACCGCCAGCGCCUCAACGACGGCGACAAGUCGCUGCCCUUCGAAAGUGUGAUUUUCGCCAACAUCGGUAACCCUCAGCAACUCGACCAGAAGCCUAUCACUUUCUUCCGCCAGGUGCUAAGUCUCGUCGAGAACCCAUUGUUGUUGGAGAACCCCGAGGUCCUCAAGACCUCGUUCGGAUACAAGCAGGAUGUUAUUGAGCGUGCCCAGACCCUGCUCGCCAAUGUGCAGAGCGUCGGUGCUUACAGUCACAGCCAGGGUGCUCCUGGUAUCCGGAACAGCGUUGCCAAGUUCAUUGAGAACCGUGACGGCUUCCCUGCCAACCCCCAGGACCUGUUCCUGACUGCCGGUGCCUCUUCCGGUGUCAGCACUCUCCUGAGCGUCAUCUGCAACAACGAAAGUGCCGGUGUCUUGGUCCCUAUCCCUCAAUACCCGCUCUACACCGCAACCCUCUCCCUGCUGAACGCGCGCUGCGUGCCUUAUCUCCUCGAGGAGGAGAAGGCCUGGGGCACCGACGUCACCGCGAUCCUCAAGUCCAUUGAGGAGGCCAAGGCCGCCGCAAUUGACGUGCGCGCUGUCGUGGUCAUCAACCCCGGCAACCCAACCGGAGCCUCCCUGAGCGCCGACGACAUCAAGAAAGUCCUUGACGUCGCCGCCGAGGAGAGCCUGGUCGUGAUCGCCGACGAGGUCUACCAGACCAACGUCUUCAAGGGCGAAUUCGUCUCCUUCAAGAAGCGCCUGCGCCAGCUGCAGAAGGAAGAGCCCGGCAAGUACGACGACGUCGAGCUGGUCUCGCUGCACAGUAUCUCCAAGGGUAUGGUCGGCGAGUGUGGCCACCGCGGUGGUUACUUCGAGCUCGUCGGCUUCGACCCUCUGGUCCAGGAGCAGAUCUACAAGCUCGUCAGCAUUGGCCUGUGCCCGCCGGUUGUCGCACAAUGCCUGCUCGAGUGCAUGGUCAACCCUCCCGUCCAGGGCGAGCCCAGCUACGAGCUCUACCAGAAGGAGUACUCUGGUAUCGCGGAGGGUCUGCACAAGCGCGCUCUCUCCUUGUACAACGCCUUCCAGCGCAUGGAGGGUGUCGAGGUCCAGGAGCCCCAGGGUGCUAUGUACCUCUUCCCCACAAUCAACCUCCCAGCCAAGGCCAUCGAAGCCGCCAAGGCCGAGAACCGCGCCGCAGACGAAUUCUACUGCCUGGCCCUCCUCGACGCCACAGGUGUCUGCGUCGUCCCCGGCUCUGGAUUCGGUCAGAAGGAGAACACCCUUCACUUCCGCACGACCUUCCUUGCCCCCGGCACCGACUGGGUUGAGCGCAUUGUUCAGUUCCACUCAGAGUUCAUGAACAAGUACCGCUGAACGUACAAUAUAAAAGUGACAUAUAUGCAUGAACCACCUCCUAUCGCUGUAUAUUCUAUGCAUGGGCCGUGAACUGCCCGCAUCCAUUUAUACGAUAUGAGUCUGGUGCUCUACGAUGCUAUGUUUUGGAUCUAGAUCUGGAUUUGGUUCGUUCGGGAUACCUUAUAGACUACUUACUCUAUUGGACUUGCCAAUUUAUUAUCUAAAUGUUUCUUUUCCGUGCGCAUUUGGAGCUUUGCAUGGUUUUCCGGUUUAUAUGUAUUGGCCGCGAGGCUUACCUGUAUGUUCGUUGUGUCUGUAUAAGAUUGCA